AUGCCCGACGAUUCAGAAGACCUCCUUAUUCCUCCAGCACACGCACGCUCGUUCUCACCAACACACACCGGCGCCUAUACACCAACCUCGACGACGCUGAUGAUGGACGAUCUACGACAUGCCCGGGGUGGCGGGCCAAAGAGGAAGAAAGGAGGAUGGGUGGUGGUGGUCUCAUACGUCUUUGACUGGGUCAUUAUCGCUGUUGCCGCAGCCAUUGGCUAUGUUCUUGGGGAGAAAACCCCGAACAAGAGACCGUUUUCGCUACACGAUCCCAAUAUCUCAUUCCCCUUUACAGAAAACGAAACGGUACCCGUCUGGUUGGCCUCAGUCAUCAGUGUGCUCGCUCCCAUCUUAUUCAUCGCCAUCAUUUCGCUGAUAUUCGUCCCCGGCUCCACUGUCCCUCGGGGCACGCCGAAGGCCAUGAUCUGGAAGCGAAAGCUAUGGGAAUUGCAUAUUGGCAUCCUGGGGUUGGCUCUGUCGAUAGCGUCAGCCUGGUUGAUCACGAAUUGCAUGAAGAACCUUUACGGAAAGCCGCGACCGGAUCUUCUCUCGAGAUGCAAGCCCGAUCUCGCCAAUGCGGCCAAGUAUGUCGUUGGAGGGUUUGCCAAUGCCACCAUGAAUGGGCAGUUGGUCAGCGCAAAUAUUUGCACGAACAAGAACAAGGCCAUUUUGGAUGAUGGGUUCAGGAGCUACCCCAGCGGUCACUCCAGCUCGGCAGCAGCUGGUCUCGUCUACCUCUCGCUCUUCAUCGCCAGCAAGUUCGCCAUCACGAUUCCCUUCCUCCCCUCCGGCACAAACGUCGACGCCGCCUCUUUCUCCGCCUUCCCUUCGCGGACCCGCCACAACACCGCCAUGGCCGCCAUGGGCGGGGCCGAAUCGUACGAGAUGGCUUCGCGGGGUCCCGCAGGGUCAGGAAGCGGGCGCACCUACACGGGCGGCAGCGGCGGCGUAGUCGAGGAGAAGCGUCUUGCGCAGCACACGCGCGCGGUGGCCGCCGUGCGCCGCCAGGCCGCCGCGCCACCACUCUAUCUGCUGCUGAUCUGCAUCAUCCCGUGGUUCGCGUCCAUCUUCAUCGCAUCCUCCCGCUGGUUCGACUUCCGCCAUCACGGUUUCGAUAUCCUCUUCGGCUACAUCAUCGGGCUCGUCUCCGCCUUCUUCGCCUUCCGCUACUACCACCUGCCUAUUUCGCAAGGUGCUGGCUGGGCUUGGGGUCCGCGCAGCCGCGACAAGGCGUUCUGGGCGGGUGUUGGUAGUUACAGCUACUCGACUGACCAUAACGUUGGCGAGUACUAUCGCGCCCGAGACGAGGAGGAGGCGCUGGGUCCUGAUUCCUUGGACCAUGGGAGCGGUUAUGGACGCCCCGUGGUACACCGGGGUAAUGGCACCGGUCUGGAAAGUAAUGUGGGACCGGACCAGCCUGGUAUUACGGGGAGGAAACCACCAUCGCUUGAUGCUGAUGAACGAGAACGGGUUGAUACGGCUUAUGGGGGGGUCCAUGACAAUCAGAUAUGA